AGUUCUAAAUAAAAUCAAUAUCUUGCGAAUCGUUUUUUACUGCUUUUCAUUCAUGUUUGACAUAGGAAAGUGAUCUUUUAAUUUGCAUUAUGAUCCCGAAAGCUAAUAUCUUCGGAGUUUUUGGUUCCCGCGAUAUAGAUUCGGCAUAGGAUAGAUAAAUUUUAAAUUAUAGUCCAUAGAAUUUCUAGAUCUUCUUCCUUUGAUUCGAGCUAAUUGUUAGUUAUCCUCUGCAAUAAAUGAUUUACGACCAAUAUUUUAUAGUUUUUCCCAAUGACCUGUCCCUGGUCACGUUUAAUGGAACCAGAAUUAUGUGGUGUCAUCUUUAAGCUUUGUGUCUAGAGUGUAUUUGAUAGGACUGACUACUACAAAUAUUGAUAAGAUAUUGGCCCUGGUAAUUGACAGUUCUAAUCACAUUGAUUUUUUUUUUUGUAGCUGGAUGCGUUCGAUGUUCCGUAAGGGACGUCAUGACCAAUUGGAUGCAAAUGAAUUGUACGAACAUUUGCCCAGUUUCGAUAGUGAAUCUCUGGCCGAGGAUUUACAACCGCAUUGGGAGAGGGAGAGACAACGCAAGAAACCCAAUGUGCUGCAUUUAAUAUUUAAAGUAUUUGGCUGGCAAUUUGUUCCAAUUUGUGUCCUAUAUUCCGCACUAGAAAUAGCCAUACACGCCUUUCAACCUCUGUUGUUGGGAGGAUUGAUCUCAUACUUUUCCCAGGGUCAGACGAGCAUAAGCAAAGAGAGCGCCUAUCUCUAUGCCAUGGGAAUUGUGCUCUGCUCUUUGGUGACCUCACUGGUGUUCCAUCCGUUUAUGUUCUAUGUAUUUGCGCUGGGCACAAGAAUACGUCUGGCGUUCGCUGGUCUGGUCUAUAGGAAAUGUUUGCGGGCCUCUGUGAGCAGUGGUGAGAGCCUGGGAGCUUUGGCCAUUUCCGUAAUGUCCAUUGACCUGCCGCAGUUUGAUUUGACCUUUUACUUCUUUCACGAUCUGUGGAAGGGUCCAGUGGAGGCUGUGAUAUUCGGUUAUAUAAUGUUUGUGACAGUCGACUGGACAGCAAUUAUAGGAAUCGCAUUCAUUGUAUUGCUCAUUCCCCUUCAGGCCUGGGCAGCUAAGGCGGCCACACAUUUCCGUUCCCUCUCGGCGGAGCAUCGUGAUGAGAGGGUUAAGCGGAUGAGCGAGAUUAUAAGUGCCAUUCAGGUGAUCAAAAUGUAUGCUUGGGAGAAAUCCUUUGGCCGCCUCAUAGCCGAGGUGAGGAAAUCGGAAGUGCGAGCCAUACGGGGUUCCGUCAGCAUCUAUGCGGGACUCCAGUGCACCAAUAUGAUAUCCAAGAUUUCACUUUUCCUCAGUCUGAUUGCCUAUGUGUAUACGGGAGAAGUGGUCACGGCCCGCAAGGUCUUCAUACUCUCCUCGUAUUAUAGUCUUCUCAAUGAUUCGUUGCUCCAUUUUUGGCCCUUGGCUGUAACCACUUGGGCCCAGACUUUGGUCAGUGCUCGUCGUGUUGUGGAAUUCCUGAAGCAAACGGAGAAACCAUCUACGGAAGGUUGUUGUCGGGAUAAUCCUGGCCUCAAACUGGACUCGGAUGUGGAGAACCAUCCUUAUGGACGUCGUCAUUGCACCAAAAGUGAGGUGAAAUCCCUUAGCUUUGCUGCAGUCAGCGCCAGUUGGGAUAAAGCUUCUGUUCAGCAACGUCGUCGUUGUCACCUUGAGAGCAUUAGCUUUGCCAUCAAAGCGGAUCAAUUUGUUGGCAUUGUUGGCAAUGUGGGAUCGGGUAAGACUACCCUGCUUCAUGCCAUAUUGGGUGAACUGGAGCUACUUGACGGACGUGUGGAGAUACAUGGAAGGAUCAGUUAUGUUGCGCAACAGCCUUGGGUAUUCCAGGCCAGCAUUAGGGAGAAUAUUUUAUUUGUAGAGACCUUCGAUGAGGAACGCUACCGAGCAGUUUUGCAUGCCUGCCAAUUGGAGCGGGAUUUGUCCCUAUUGCCACAUGGAGAUGCUACCAUAGUGGGUGAGCGCGGGAUCAGUCUUAGUGGUGGUCAAAAGGCCCGCAUCAGUUUGGCUCGAGCUGUGUAUAGACAGGCGGAUAUCUACAUCUUUGAUGAUCCCUUAGCUGCCGUUGAUGCCCAGGUGGGUAAGUUGCUAAUGGACAAGUGUUUUUAUCGUCUGCUCCAUGGUAAAAUGCGGAUUCUGGUCACGCAUCAUGUGCAGCUGCUAAAGGAUGUCGACCAUUUGCUCCUGAUGGAGUCGGGUAGGCUAACCCAGCAGGGUUCCUAUGAGCAACUCAAAGAUAUCAUAAGUCAACAUGCUGCUCUGGAUCUGGAGGCAAUUGAAGCAGAUAAAGUCCAAGUUAAACGGGUCCUGAGUCAAGUGGAUCGUACAUCCAAGCAGCUAAGUGUAGAUGGAGCCAAUCCCGACGAUCCCAACGACGAAGCCUUUGCCGAACAUCAAGAGCAGGGGGCCGUCUCCUUUGCCACCUACAAGGCCUAUUUUCGGGCUAUGAAUGCUCCAUUGAUGGUCAUCGUGGUGUUUCUGCUGUUCAUUUUGGCCAGAGCCUGUCAAGCGGCCAUGGAUAUAUUCAUCUCACGCUGGGCCACUUGGGAGGAGAAUCGUGAUAAUGAAUCUGUCGAUGAAGCCACACGAACACAAAUGGUCACGUGGUAUACCGUGCUCUUGCUUUGUACCUUGGCCCUUUACUUGCUGAGGACAUUUGGAUUCUUUUUCAUGUGUCUGCGCAUCUCGUUGAGGCUUCAUGAUCAACUCUAUCGUGGCAUUAUACGUUCCUGGAUGUAUUUCUUCAAUACGAAUCCUUCGGGGAGGGUGCUUAACCGCUUCUCCAGUGAUAUACAAAAUGUGGAUGUGUCUCUGCCUCAGGCCAUGAUGGAUUCCCUGCAAUUCCUGGUGGAUGUGGUCGCUGUUCUUGUGAUUGUGGCCAUAGCCAACUAUUGGCUAUUGAUACCAGCUGCCAUCAUGGUGAUCCUCUUGUAUCUGUGUCGUGCCUACUACAUUGGAGCCAGUCGCAGUCUGAAGCGAAUCGAGAGUUUGACUCGUAGUCCCAUUUAUACACACACAAAUCAAACGUUUCAUGGCCUGACUACCAUACGCUCCUUGGAUGCUUCAGUAGAGCUGGAAAAGACUUUCCACGGUCAUCAGAAUACCAACUCGACGGCCCUCUUUCUGUAUACGAGUGCGAAUCGUGCAUUUUCCUUUUGGACCGAUCUCAUUUGUGUGGUCUAUAUAAUGGCAGUGACCUUUAGUUUUCUGGUCAUUCAACAGAGUUUCUAUAGUGGUGAUGUCGGCUUGGCCAUUACCCAGUCCAUGACCUUGGUCAUUAUGUGCCAGUGGGGCAUGAGACAAACGGCGGAAAUGGAAAAUAACAUGACCAGUGUGGAGCGUAUAUUGGAGUAUGCACAGACACCAUCAGAGCCCGACUUGGUGACACCGGAAAAUGUAAAGCUUUCCGAUGAUUGGCCACAGGCAGGACAUUUACGUUUCCGGGAUCUCAGCAUGCGUUAUUCACCCGACGAUGUUUGCAUUCUCAAGGGACUGAGUUUUGAAUCACAACCCAUGGAGAAAAUUGGCAUUGUAGGACGCACUGGAGCCGGCAAGUCAUCCAUUAUACAAGCCCUAUUCCGGCUGGCUCUCAAUGAGGGCACCAUUGAGAUUGAUGGCCUGGAUAUAGCCAAAUUGGGUCUUCACGAUUUACGUAGUCGCAUAUCGAUAAUACCCCAAGAUCCGAUUUUAUUUUCGGGCUCGUUGCGUUUCAAUCUGGAUCCUUUUGCGCAGAGAUCAGAUGACGCCUUGUGGUGUGCUCUAGACGAUGUGAAAUUAAAGAAAUAUGUAAGCAGCUUGGAUGGUGGUCUCUCCUAUUCCAUGCAGGAUGGUGGCUCCAAUUUCAGUAUGGGCCAAAGGCAAUUGGUGUGUCUCGCCAGGGCUAUUCUGCGAGAGAAUCGAGUGCUCGUCAUGGACGAGGCAACAGCUAAUGUGGACCCGGAAACGGAUAUAUUGAUACAGGAAACGAUACAAACAAAAUUUAAACAUUGCACAGUUCUGACCAUUGCCCAUAGACUCCACACGGUAAUGGGCAAUGAUAGUGUUUUGGUAAUGGAAGCUGGCAAAAUUGUGGAAUUUGGUGCACCUCAUCAACUAUUAAAACGUAAAGAUGGAGCUCUAUUGAAAUUAGUUAACCAAAAUGAUGUGGCCACAGUGAAAUAUUUAAAGAAAAUAGCAGCCGAUGCUUUCAAUCGGAGACAUCAAAGUGAUGCAUUCCAUGAAUCGGAUGAAAAUGAUUUAGAAUGAGGAUUUUGGU